AUAAAAAUACUGAGUGACGUUUGACAUUUAGUGCCCAAAGGUCCAUUUCUCUCAUCAUGCCCCGCUACGUCGGCAACCUGAACCAGCCCCAAGUGGCCAGCAUAGCCCAAAUGGGGGAAGCCCGCUCCCAAACGGGCACCCCCUGGAGGGCCCUCGGGGGCACCGUCAGUAGCUACUACGCAGAGGAUUCGUUCGCCGGGGACCAAAGCGUAGUGACGCGACUCUUUGCUUUAUCCUUCCGGAACUUGCGAAACCGUAACUGGUUCGUUCAGCACGUUUUUGUGAUUGUAGCCCUGCAGAUGCUUUUCUCGUUUGUGUUUUACUUCGUAAUGGUUUACAAAGAGGGGGUUAUGAACAGUAUGGUCGAGAAUUGGAUCCUGUUGCUGGUUAUUUUCACGGCGUUUGUGAUCGUGAUUACGUCGUUUAUGGUCUGCUGCUCGACUUGGAUUCGGCAAAAGCCGAUGAAUUUAAUUUGCCUUUUUGUCAUUACAGUUUCUGUGAUUCUUCAAUUUGGGGCGCUUGCUAGUAAAUUUAAAUUUACCAUGGUUUUGGCGAAUCACUUCGGAUGUCUUACUGUGGUUUGUUUUAUGAUUUCGUUGAUUGCUUCACAGAAGAGAUGGGAGAUUAUGAGUCUGAAUAUGUGUGGCUUUAUUUUGAUUCUUACUCUUGUGGUGUGUGGAGUUGUGGCAUUUUGCCUGUAUUUCCUAUGUAAAGAUCUAUUUCGCUGGGAUUUUAUAGUCGCAUCAACGAUUUUAACCAUUUUGUGUGUUACGUUUAUGAUAUUUCUUAUGAAAAAAAUUUUAAAAGAACAAAUAUUAAAUACCUCCGACUUUGUUUUCGGAGCAAUCGUAAUGUACAUGAGCGUAACAACUCCGUACGUAGUGAAAGCGGUAACAAUAUUGAUUAGGGAUAGAAAACCACCAGAGGAACCAGUUGCAGAAACGUCGUAA